AUGGAGAGGAUGUGCCAAGCCUUGGAAUUGGAGAUAAUUGAGGCAGUGAGAGCUGAGUCGAGUGGGCUAGUUGCCCUUCAAACUCAUGGCAUAUGGCAGAGUGCAAUUGGGUCUGAUCCCUCUGCACCCACCAAAGAGGAAAAUGCUGAGAAUCCAUAUGCUAGCUACCAGGGCCUCCUUGCCCUUGCCCAUAUAGCCGGGUCCAAUGCUGAUGAGACUCGUGGGGCAUGCAAGAGGUGUGGCCGUGUUGGGCCUCUCAACUUCAAGUGCAGGAACUUUCUGAGUGUUAAGGAAGACAAGGAGAAAGACCCAGAAGCUAUUCAGGCAGAUAUUGCUUAUGAGCUGAGUAAGUUGAGGGGGAAGUUGGGUAAAGGGAUUGGGAAAAAUGUGGUUGAAACUGAUAGUGAGGAGGAGGAUGAAGACACUGAGACUUCGGAUUCGAACUAUAAUUCCGAAUUGAGGCGGUGA